GCUGGUUUUGCAGUUCCGACAGCCUUUUCAGCUUUGUUUAGCUUCAAUGUUCGGAUAGCUGAAGGCCAUGGCGUCUGCAUGCGCUUUGGCAGCCACAUUGCCCCUGUCUUUCGUGCAAAAUUCGCAGGGGCUCCACUCCACUUCAACCAAUCAGCAGAAAGGGGUGCUGUCAGCUAAAUUCUUUGCAAAACGGCACACAAGUUUUGAAGCUUUUGAUGGAGAUAGGAGUGUCCUCCAGAUAAUGCCCGGGUUCCACAAGAAAGCAAUGCUGCGAAAUGGUCAGGGAGUACCCCGCGCGGCUGUGACCGACUCGUCAGCAACUGCAGCGACAGGAGCUGACACCAGAGCGCUGGUGGAGUCACUUUUGACAAAAAUUGCAAACACGGACAGAGGUGCGGCCAUGACAGAAGAGCAGAAGGCGGAAGCUGCGCGUUUGAUUGCACAAUUAGAGAAAGUGGGGACAAAGGACCCACUCAAGGACCCACGGAUCUUUGGAGAUUGGGAGGUGGUUUACUCGUCAAACCCGACAUCGUCUGGGGGUAGCUUUCGUAGCACUCUUGGAAGAACCGUGUUGAAGACUCGGGACAUGGUCCAGGCGGUCAAGGAGCCUAACGUGGUGGGCAACCAGGUCGCCUUCAAUGCUUUGGGAGUUAUCCCUGGAGAAGUAACGCUAGAAGGAACUUUGACUACAGAUGAUUACAUAUGGGCAGAUGUUAAGUUUAAACGGCCAACUUUCAAGCUGGGACCAUUUUCGUUUUCAUUUGGAGGUGACAGCUCAGUCCGGCUGGCCACGACUUACCUAGACGAGAGAAUUAGACUUGGCAAGGGAAGUAGAGGGUCCUCAUUUGUCUUCAAAAGGAAGUGAGGUAUUGCACUGAACAGUUAUACAAAAGCACGCAAUAAUCGUUUUUCUGAGAGUGAGUCAACUUUGACGUGUUGGCGCAUGGCAUUCGGGCGCAGAGCUGAGUGUAAAUGUGUUUUCUUUGAACGUGACACGAGAGCUUUGUCGCAGAUUAUGUAAUAUAAGUUCUCUGUGUCUGAAAAAGUGCUCUGAGUCUAUUGUUUUAGAUCACUAUCCAGCACCGUCCCGGCGCUCAGCAACUGGUUGAAUUCGAU